UCGACCUUGACCUUCAGAAUCUAAAUAGAAUCUCUCGUCCCAAAAACGCUAACAACGCCCCCACAGAUUCUCUUUAUCUCUGUUGGUUCUUACAUUUAAGGAUUUAUUAGGGUUUUUCGGUCAGUUUCUCAACCCGCCUCACUCCCAAACAUUGACGCCAAGUCACGCAGUCCGUCACGUUCUGAGAGAAUGCCGGGGAAGGAUGACAGCUCCGAUAAGGAGAAGCACUUUGAUUUGUUUCUCAAGAUCGGAUUGGACGAGCGAACUGCGCGAAACACCGUCGCCAACAACAAGGUCACGGCCAAUCUUGUUGCUGUGAUUGACGAGGCCGGCGUCGCUGAUGGAUGCAAUCGGAUCGUCGGAAAUCUUCUAUACAUGGUUGCUACAAAGUACCCAGCAAACGCUCUUGUGCAUCGCCCAGCAUUGCUGCAAUACAUUGUUUCCUCAAAGAUUAAAACUACAGCCCAGUUAGAUGCGGCUCUUUCAUUUUUUGGAGUUGCUGCUUCGGAGGAUUUCAAGUUGAAUGAAUUUGAAGAAGCAUGUGGUGUUGGCGUUGAGGUUUCGGAAGAAGAAAUUGAACGAGCUGUUAAUGAGGUUUUUGAAGAGAACAAGAAUGCGAUUUUAGAGCAACGCUAUCGUACGAAUGUGGGUGAAUUACUAGGGCACGUUCGGAAGAGGCACCCGUGGGCUGAUCCAAAGAUUGUCAAGCAAUUCGUUGAUGCAAAGUUGUAUGGCUUACUUGGUGAAAGGACUGCAGCAGAUGAUGAAAAGCCAACCAAAAAGAAAAAAGAUAAGCCUGCUAAAGUAGAGGUUAAAACCGUUGCUGCUGUUACUCCAGAACAGCCAUCUGAAGAAGACCUUAAUCCCUUUUUGAUAUUUCCUCAACCAGAGGAAAAUUUUAAGGUGCAUACUGAAGUAUUUUUCAGUGAUGGUUCUAUCCUGAGAUGUUGCAAUACAAAGGAAUUGCUUGAAAAACACUUAAAAGCAACGGAAGGAAAAGUUUUAACUCGCUUUCCUCCUGAACCAAAUGGGUAUCUACAUAUUGGUCAUGCCAAGGCGAUGUUUAUUGACUUUGGCCUAGCAAAAGAUAGAGGUGGAGGCUGCUACCUUAGGUAUGAUGACACAAAUCCCCAAGCCGAAAAGAAAGAGUACAUUGAUCAUAUCGAAGAAAUUGUCCGGUGGAUGGGUUGGGAGCCCUUAAAGAUCACUUACACCAGUGAUUACUUCCAAGAUUUGUAUGAUUUAGCAGUGGAGCUCAUACGAAGGGGUCAUGCAUAUGUUGAUCAUCAGACACCCGACGAAAUAAAGGAGUACAGGGAAAAAAAGAUGAACAGUCCUUGGAGGGACAGACCAGUUGCAGAAUCUUUGAGACUUUUUGAUGAUAUGAGAAGAGGUCUUAUUGAAGAAGGGAAAGCAACAUUGAGGAUGAAGCAAGACAUGCAGAGUGAUAAUUAUAAUAUGUACGACCUUAUUGCUUAUCGUAUCAAGUUUACUCCUCAUCCACAUGCUGGAGACAAGUGGUGCAUCUAUCCCAGUUAUGAUUAUUCUCACUGUAUUGUGGAUUCUCUUGAGAAUGUUACACAUUCGCUGUGUACACUUGAGUUCGAAACACGUCGUGCUUCGUACUAUUGGUUAUUACAUGUGCUUGGCCUUUACCAGCCAUAUGUAUGGGAAUAUUCACGACUGAAUGUUACUAACACUGUGAUGUCAAAGCGUAAGUUAAAUCGAUUGGUAACAGAAAGAUGGGUUGAUGGUUGGGAUGACCCUCGCCUAAUGACGCUGGCUGGUUUGCGUCGUAGGGGUGUGACUUCAACUGCAAUUAAUGCUUUUGUUCGAGGAAUUGGGAUCACUAGAAGUGAUAAUAGUACAAUAAAUUUGGAUCGCCUUGAGUAUCAAAUAAGAGAAGAACUAAACAAAACUGUGGCUCGCGCAAUGGUUGUGCUACAUCCGCUCAAGGUUGUUAUUACAAACCUAGAAGCUGGCUCAAUAAUAGAUCUUGAUGCAAAGAGAUGGCCUGAUGCUCAAACAGAUGACGCAUCUGCCUUUUACAAGGUCCCAUUUUCAAAUGUUGUAUACAUUGAACAUUCUGAUUUCCGGAUGAAAGAUUCAAAGGAUUACUAUGGCCUUGCUCCUGGUAAAUCUGUGCUACUAAGAUAUGCAUUUCCUAUUAAGUGCACUGAAGUUAUCCUAGAUGACGAUAAGGAGACUGUUCUAGAGAUCCGGGCUGAAUAUGAUCCUUCUAAGAAGACAAAGCCUAAGGGUGUUCUUCAUUGGGUAGCUGAAUCUUCUCCUCGGGUUGAUCCACUCAAGGUGGAAGUUAGAUUGUUUGAAAGAUUGUUCCUUUCGGAGAACCCUGCUGAACUUGAUGAUUGGCUUGCUGAUCUGAACCCAGAGUCCAAAGUGGUGGUUCCCAAUGCAUAUGCUGUAUCCUUGCUGCAGGAUGCUGCAGUUGGGGACAGAUUUCAGUUCGAAAGGCUUGGUUAUUUUGUGGUUGAUAGAGAUUCCACCCCAGAAAAGCUCGUCUUCAAUAGAACAGUCACACUAAAAGACAGCUAUAGCAAGGUUGCGAAGUAGGCUUUGUGCCCUUGGAAAGCUUAAGAUGGAAUGUGGCAAGCAGGAGGUACAAUAUUUGGAAUAUUUUGUGUAAAUUAUUCAACAAAUUCUUCUCCACAUUUUACUAAAUACACUAUACGUCAUGGUUAGUGAGCUCUAUGCAACUUUAAUUUCAUGCACUGAAUAUGUGAGAGAAUCUAUUGAAAUCCGUUUGUUACGUGUU